GAGAGAGAGAGAGAGAGAGAGAGAGAGAGAGAGAGAGAGAGAGAGAGGGAGGAAUUGUUAGGGAGAGUAAGAGAUAGAGUGCUAAGGGGAGAGAGGGUGUGUGAGAGAGAGAAAGAGAGAGAGAGAGAGAGAGAGAGAGAGAGAGAGAGAGAGAGAGAGAGAGAGAGAGAGAGGGAGAGAGAGAGGGAGAGGGAGAGGGAGAGGGCUAGAGAGAGAGGGAGACUGAGCCGCCCCAGCGUGGAUGAAAGUUCUCUUCAGCUCCAGUGUUAGGUGGUGUAGCAUGUCCAGGUGUUGAGGAUUCCUCCACCACCACCAUGCUGAAACGGCUGGAUAAGAAGAUCCGGUUCCGGGGCCACCGGAGGGACGACUCCCUGGACCUGGACCUGGACCAGUCCCCCAGCACCUCGGACAACGAGUGUGGGGACGACCCGGCACGGACCGGCUCCCCCACCCGGGACCCUGAGGACCUGCUGGACUCAGACACGCCCCCCCUGACCGACGCCCAGGCUGGUGCUGGUGCGAUGGCCGCAGAGGUCCAGGACUUCCAGAGGUUGGAGGCUGACCGCCUCACAGAAGUCAAGGGUCACCUGGAGAUAGCCCUGCUGGAGAAGCACUUCCUGGAGGAGGAGUUGAGGAGGCUGAGGGAGGAGGCGGGUGUGGAGGCGCUGAAGCAGGAGGUGGAGAAGGAGCGCUGCAAGAGGCUGGACGUCGAGACCAGACUAAACCAGCUCAUCAAGACCAGAUCUGAGGACCCUCCCCCUCCUCUGCUCCCUAAUGCCACGCCCCCCCAAGCUGACGGAACAGAGCCUCAGAGGGAGACAGUUUUUUCCCGCCUCCGGAGGUCCUGGUCUGAGCGAGUCUCCUCCCACCUCGAGGACUUCCACUUCCAGCCAGAGGAGGUCGUCACGGAAACGGAGGAGCCACUCAGCGCCAAGAGGCUGACGGAAAACAUGAGGCGACUAAAGCGCGGCCUGAAGCCGGUCACCAACUUCAAGAGGAACCUGGCGGCUCUGAGCAGCUGGUUCAGCGUCUACACCUCGGGCAUCGCCUUCAUCGUCUAUAUGAAUGCAGCGUGGUAUGGGUGGGUCAUCCCAGUGUUCCUCUUCCUCGCCAUCCUCAGACUCUCCCUCAACUACCUCAUCUCAAGAGGCUGGCGGAUUCAGUGGAGUAUCGUUCCUCAAGUGUCAGACUCACUGGACCCUCCUAAAGAUGACCUCACCGUCUCUGAGAAGUUCCAGCUGGUCCUGGAUGUAGCUCAGAAAGCACAGAACCUGUUUGGGAAGAUGGCUGACAUCCUGGAGAAGAUAAAGAAUCUGUUCAUGUGGGUACAGCCUCAGAUGACCCAGAAGCUUUACGUCGGUCUGUGGUUGGCCUUCAUCGCCUCCUGCCUGCUGCCCUACGACCUGCUGGGCUUCAUUAUAGGUCUGUACGCUGGCAUUAAGUUCUUCAUCAUCGACUUCCUCUACAAGAGCUGUCCCAAGCUGAGGGCCAAGUACGACACGCCCUACAUCAUCUGGACCAGCCUGCCCACCGACCCCCAGCUCAAGGAUAGGGGAGCCCCACCCCUUCACCGACGGACGCCUUCCACAGCCUCCCGCAGUUACCGAGCAACCAGCCCGCCCCCGGGGCCGGGUAGGGAGGAGGAGGGCGGGCGGAACAACUCCAAGAAAGGAGCGUUCCAUGAAGUGUUCAACCUUGACGAGAAGGAGCGCCCCCUAGCAGUGUGUGAGAACGGCUGGAGGUGUUGUUUGAUCAACAGAGAUCGUAAAACACCGUCUGACUACAUCCGCAACGGAGUCCUGUACGUCACAGAGAAUUUUCUAUGUUUUGAGAGCUCUAGCUCGAGGUCCAGUGCCUAUAAGAAGAACAAGGUCAUCGCUCUGCUGGACAUCACCGACAUCCAGAAGUACAAAGUUCUGUCUGUGCUGCCCGGGUCUGGGAUGGGCAUCUCCAUAGCAACGCCCUCCACUCAGAAGCCUAUGGUGUUUGGUGCUAUGAUCCACAGAGACGAGGCGUUUGAGGCCAUUUUCUCUCAGUACAGCAAGACUUUGACCGCGACCUCCGACCCCUAGGACCUCCCCCCCUCCUUCAUUGUGUCUUUUAUCUCGUCUUUCACUGCUGGACACCAGCUCAUUGACACACACACACACAGACACACACACACACAGCCAGGGGAAGUGUUAUUUCAUAAAGUGUUUGUGAGCUAGUUAGCAGCUAACUAGCUUAGCUUCCAGUUGUUGGACCACACUGAACAGUUUGACCUAAAUCCUCUUUAAUAAUCUGAAUGUUGGUGUAAAGCACAGAAUAUCAUGUUGGUCUUUUAUCGUCAAAUCUCUCAGCCUCUGCACUUAUUUGUGAGGUUUUGUACUAAUCCUGUUGAAUCAUUUCCUUGAGGUUGUAGGUUUGAUUCCAUGUGGGUUAGGUUAGGUCAGGGGCCAAUUUUUAGACACCGAUUCCGAUAUUUAUAAGUCCAAACGUUGAGAGUGAAUGCUUAAGUCAGAUGGAUGAAGAAACCUGUGAUUUGAUGAUGGAGUGCGUCAGUACUUCCUGUCAGAAGCUCAGGGUUCACUGGGUAGGCAGGGGGAGGGGGGGAGCCGUUUGAUUGACAUCUGCCAGACACGUCACACGGAUCGGUUUAACCUAAUGAAGCUAGUCUACCACCCAAUUAAUAAUGACAGACAGACAGACAGAUAGGCCGACGUACAGACAGACAGACAGACAGACAGACAGACAUAUAGACAGACAGACUCCUCUAAAUUAAGAGAUAAGAGUGACAGCUGUGUUUAUCCUGCCAUGACUCCUCUGUGAACAGUCUGCCAUUUUGUAUCACUUUGACUGUUCACACUGGACACCAACAUUACCGAAACAGACCCAAACAGAAGCAGAUCAUAGAUUUGGUCGACCAGGGACUCAAACUCGCACCCCGACUCUGACUCGAGUGAAGCUCAGUGACUCAUGACAUUGAGUUCAAAACAGCUGAGUCCAAUCUCCAGUAACGAGCUCACUGAACCUCAGAGGUUCAUCCUGGAGACCGGGGGUCACAAUGGUCUCUGAAGGCCUUCGUCUGUCUCCCUCCAUGUCCUUCCUAUUUCAGUCCUCUCAUUGGUGGAAACCUAAGGGGUUAAUUAGCACUGUGUCACCAUGGUGAUGAUGGUACUCUCGACGGUACGCUCAGUGGUGACAGAGCCUUCCUGUCCUGACCUCAGUGAGGAGGACGUUACCGUGGUGACGGUCAUCGUUUAGUAGGUCAUCUUGACAUGGUGUCGUCACAGGGUGACGGUGUAUUUACAUGACUACAACUCCCAUGAUGCACUCUGAUGUACGAGCGCGAUACCUGCCUUGCCCGACAUGCCCUACAUGGGGGUUUUAUACUGCAUGGAUCAAAUGUCUUUCUGCAACUUAUUCUGCUGUUAAUUAAGUAUUGAUUCUCUUAAUUUUUGUACAUUUUAUUAAACAUAUACAAAACAUAUUUAACAUUGCCUGUCAUUUCUUUAACCUCUCUGACUAUGACCGAUUUGACGUUAAAUUCACACAUUGUUAUACUUAAAAAUUAUUUUAGAAACCGUGGUGGUACUUGGACUCAGGACCUCAGAGAGGAUAACGGAUAGCUCUCGCUCUCUCCACUGUGCCACAGAGCAGUGUAUCGGACGGAAGUGAUAUUUGACUUGAUUAUAUUCAGAUAAUGGCUGUUUGAAAAACGACCAACACAGGCAGGACUUGAACCCUGGCCUCCAGCGCUCCAAUCAGCAGGUCGUACCACUGCACCAACAAGACACUUACUGGGGAUGGUCCGACUAUUAAUUUUAUAACAACCUUAAAUGUUUUUUAUAAGUGCAAUAAGCAGACAAUUUGAAAAGGGUUUCAUUGCAUUUGUUCUUUUAUUAAACAGCAAGCACAUCGAGUAGUAGCCUUUAGAAAACUUUAUAGGAGCAUAUUCUCCUUAUUUGACAUAAACAACGAUUUGGUCUGACCUGGAGUAAAGUGCUACUGGUCUGGGAAGACCAGUAGUCUGGAAGUACAGGUCUUUGGGGACCAGUACUACCAGAUCCGUGAAUGGAUUAAAACAUAGAUCAAUAGCUGUUGCAGUUUGAGUAUUACAGGAGUUAGUAAGUGCUACAUGAAGAUUUAUUGAUUUAUUCAAUCAGCAUAGCAUUUUUGAUUAAGUAUAUUUUCCUAAAGCUACAUCAAAUAGGCCUAUGCAUAGAGGCUCCAUAAGGUAUGAAACAAAUCCUCUUCUCUACGUUCAUGUCAACAUAUGGAAAUAAUGUAUUUCUCAAUGCUAGUCCUUCUAACUAGUUGGUUACUGGUUACAACAUAAAUUAUAGAUGAUGUCAUCAACAUGGCUUUGUAGAGCGGCCAAGAGGAGCAGAUUGGUUUGGUAGCAUUUGCUCGCUGUAGUGUUAGCCCACAGUAGCUUCCUCACAGUAGCGUUUGCUUGCUGCAACGGUAUCUUACAGAAGGGUUAGUUCAAAGCUACUGAAAGUUGGCAGGAAGACUUGUUUCUACACGUUGUACAUUCAGUCU